ACCCCUCCUGCCCCCGGACUUCAUUCUCUUUCUCUCUCUCUGUCUCUCCUUUUGCCCUGCUCCUCCCCGGUAGGAAAGGCUUUCGCCGCCUUGGGCCAGAAUUUAAUUCUGUUUCUGUAGGUUUCUUUCUCUUUUUUUUUUUUUACCCACCCCCUUGCAUUUACACUACCAAGAGCUUAUAUGAGUGCAGCCUUUCAGUCGUCCCUAAUGAUGAUGCAGCGCCCCUUGGGAAGCAGCACCGCCUUCAGCAUAGACUCUCUGAUAGGCAGCCCUCCCCAGCCCAGCCCGGGCCACUUCGUCUACACCGGCUACCCCAUGUUCAUGCCUUACCGGCCGGUGGUCUUACCCCCUCCUCCCCCGCCCCCGCCCACGCUCCCUCAAGCCUCCCUGCAACCGGCCCUGCCCCCGUCCCACCCCCACCACCAGAUCCCCAGCCUGCCCACCGGCUUCUGCUCCAGCCUGGCUCAAGGCAUGGCCCUGACCUCCACCCUCAUGGCCACCCUGCCCAGCAGCUUCUCGGCUUCCCCCCAGCACCAGGACACGGCUCGGAAGUUUGCGCCUCAAGCCCUGCAGGGAAACUUCGACAAGGCCGAGGGCAUCCAGCCGGAGACGGAGGAUGGGAAGUCCUUCCUGGGCAAGGAGAGCUCCCUGUUGUCCUUCUCGGCCUCCGAGGCGGUGCAAGCCUCCCUCGUCGGGGCUGUCAGGGUCCCCGGGAAAGACGAUGCCAAAGGGGAAGACGACUCGAAGGGCAAAGAGGAAAGUUUCUCCAUGGACAGCGACCUCGACUACAGCUCGGACGACAACCUCCCGGGCCCGGCCGGACACAAGGAGGAAGACCCGGGCGCCGCGCUGGAGGAGAGCGCCCAGAGUGCGCCCAGCGCCGGGAGCACCACGUCCACCGGCAAGAACCGGCGGCGGAGGACGGCCUUCACCAGCGAGCAGCUGCUCGAGCUGGAGAAGGAGUUUCACUGCAAAAAGUACCUGUCCUUGACGGAGCGGUCCCAGAUCGCCCACGCCCUCAAACUCAGCGAGGUGCAGGUCAAAAUCUGGUUCCAGAACCGCAGGGCCAAGUGGAAACGCGUGAAAGCCGGCAACGCCAACUCCAAGACGGGGGAGCCCUCCAGAAACCCCAAGAUCGUCGUGCCCAUCCCAGUCCACGUCAGCAGAUUUGCCAUCAGAAGUCAACACCAGCAGCUGGAGCAAGCCAGACCCUGAGCGGCCUCCGGGCCCUCAAGACCCCAACGCCUCCACCGACGCCAAGAUUAAGUCGAGAGGAAAGGAA